AUGCCAGAAUCCUCUCAAUUAACGAUAAUGCAAUCAUUUAACAAAGUGAAAAAAUAUGCAUUUAAUAACCCCAAACAAAAAAACCUUAAUAAUAAUAUAGUUGCUUUAAUUAUUGAAAAACUUCAACCAUUUUCAAUUAUUCAAUCACGAGCAUUUAAAAGAAUAAUUGAAGAUAAUCUUAAAAUUAAACAUAUAGUCAUUAGUGAUACAGUUGACAAUAGGUCAAAUAUUAAAUUGUGUUUGGAAAAAUUAAAGCGAAAAUAUGGCAUUUAUAAAGUUCAUUGUUUUGGUCAUACUCUACAGCUUGCAAUUCAUGAUGUAUUAAAAGGGUGUUCUGAAAUUGCUAAUCUAAUAAAAAAAUGUAAAGAUGUCAUAUUACAUUUUAGUGGAAGUCCUAAACAAAAACAAUUUCUUUUAGAAGCCCAAAUAGAGAUGGAAAAUUGGAAUAACUUUCUUUUUGUAGUUCAUGACGUCUCAACAAGAUGGAAUUCGACAUUUUAUUUGCUAAAAUAA